UAUCCUCAGUGUUUGCAUACCAAGGACAAGGAGUUGCAAGUCUUAGAGAGCUGUAGACAAGAAAGCAAGCUAGCAUAUAGAUAUUUGAAUCACAUCGAAGCAAUACCUAGUUCUUCCACCACAAUGUCACACAUGAAGACCAUUUCCCUUGGCAUUGUUGUCCUUGCUGCGCUUGUUUUUGCGUCGGAGGGUCGCAUAGCUCGCAAGGACCUAGGGAUAAACCUUGGUGGUGGAGGAGGCCUGGGAAUCGAUACAGGGAUUAACAUUGGCAUAGGUGGGGGUGUUAGUGGUGGCGGGUCUGGCUCAGCAUCGGGGUCAGGUUCCGCGUCUGGAUCGGGCUCAGGGUCAGCCUCGGGUUCCGGGUCUGGCUCGGGAUCUGGCUCUGGUGCCGCAUCAUCUGCGGGUUCGGGUGCCAUUUCUGGUGGAGGCUCCUAUGCUGGGUCUGGUGCAGGCUCAGGUUCAGGUGGGGCCUCCGGCUCAGGUGCUGGUUCAGGCUCAGGUGGAGGCUCCGGUGGUGGUGGUGGUUCAGGCUCGGGUGGAGGCUCAGGUGCUGGUUCAGGCUCAGGCUCAGGUGGAGGCUCCGGUUACGGUCAAGGGCAGGGAAAAGGCGAAGGCCAGGGCCAAGGGUCUGGUUAUGGGCAAGGUUUUGGCUCAGGCCAUGGACAAGGUUCAGGCUCUGGUUCAGGUUAUGGUGAGGGGCAUGGUGAAGGCUAUGGACAAGGUUCCGGGUCUGGCUAUGGACAAGGUUCAGGUUAUGGCGAGGGGCAUGGUGAAGGCUAUGGUCAAGGAAAUGGCGCGGGGUCAGGAUAUGGUGAGGGCCAUGGCGAAGGUUAUGGUCAAGGAAACGGCUUCGGACAAGGAUCUGGGUAUGGUGAAGGUCACGGGCAAGGCUCUGGUUCUGGAUCGGGCUAUGGUGAAGGCUCUGGAAGUGGACAUGGAAAUGGUGCUGGUUCGGGCUACGGAGAGGGUCAUGGCUCUGGGUAUGGCUCUGGACAUGGUAAAUGAUUGAGAAUGUGGGCUAUUGAAGUAUUAAUAAUGUAUGGUAGUGUGAAGUUUUAUACUUACACUUGGACGUCAUGUAUGUGUGUUUCUUCAGUUCUCUAUCGAAUUGAGUCACUCAACUAGUGGAAGGUCAAAUGUAUAAUCGUACCAUCUAUGUUAUUUUCUUUGAAUAAAUUUAUAUGAUGAAUAACUAACUAUUAUUUGGAUUA